AUGAGGGUCACCAUUCACCCACGCAACCCACCUCCCCUCGAGGAUCUAGCAGCCGUCAUUGAAAAUCUGAAUUUCAGGAGCGCCACCGCAAGCGUGGAACAAUGUCCCGACCUACGCCAGCCGCCCUUCAAAUUGGCCGCCCCGGGAAUAUCAGGGAACUCGUGUGUAGCCGAUAUUGGCGGUCAACCUAACCUAUUUCCAAGCCCGAAUUUCGACGCCAAAUACUCCCUUCUGGAGCUAGCCAAGGAAAUGCAGAUGUCACCGUCUGGUGGAUUUCUUCUCGGCGCUGGCGCGGCUCCAUUUCAAGAUUUGGGCCACAAUGCAGAGCUUGCUCCGAAUAUCUCUUGGAAAUCGGAGCAUGCCUCCCCGGACUUCAAUGAUGCUUCCACUCUUGAGAUUCGAAAUGAUACUCGCGUAAUCGAGGUCAAUGAGGUCAAGUCGCCUUCUUGUGAAAGGAUCCAAAGUACAAAUUGUGCUUUAAUGAUGAACUUGUAUGGAUCCAGUGGCCAUCCAGGCCCAGUUCUCAAGGUUACAGCCAGAGGUCGUCUUGGAAAUUUGAACUUGACUAAUUGCAUUCGUCUGGGAUUAAAUGAUGCGUUUGGUGACCAAAUGCCGAUCAGUCUGGGUGGCGUGUUCUUAUUGAAGAAGGGCAAAGCAAAAUUCCAUGUGAUGCCUGAUUUUCCGAACAAGGAAGACCUACCGUUUCGCGAUCGUGGACAAAUUGAAAAGGAGUGGUUGACUUAUCAUGAAUUUGAGGCUCCUAUUGUUUGUUUGACUGUUUUUCAUAGCUCCGAUCCAGAAGGUUUGGGUCUUAGGAUGGAGCAUACGCAUUGCUUUGACGCCGAGGGAAAUACAAAGGGAGGCCACUAUCAUUACGAUAUCCAAGAUGAUGAGCAGGAAGUGGAAUAUGAGGCGUACCUGCUCCCUGGGUAUACUUUGUAUCGAAUCGAUCAGCCAAGUUCGUGA